UUCGCCAUCCUAGGAGGAAAAAAAAAGCCGUCCCGGAAGGUAAAUAAACCCUUACUCAGCUAAACAUGGCCGCCUCUGGAGCCGCCGGCUCUCCUGGUCGGUUAGUCCAGUAUGUCGUUGUCCGAUCGGAUCUGGUUCACAAGCUGUCCUGGCCCCUGGGAGCCGUGAUAACUCAGGCUUGUCACGCUGCUACCGCCGCCAUCCACCUGCACUACGGAGAGCCGGACACCCAGCAGUACCUGACCGAGCUGGACUCCAUGCAUAAAGUAGUGCUGGCGGCUCCAGAUGAGGCCGCCCUGUCCGGCCUAUCAGACAAUCUGACACAGGCCGGCGUGUCACACAAGCUUUGGAUCGAACAGCCGGAGAACAUCCCCACCUGCUUGGCUCUGAGGCCGUACCCCAAAGAGACUGUCCAGCCGCUGCUGCGCAAGUUCAAACUCUUCAAAUAACGACGCCUGGAAAGACAUCCAUCGUCCACUUCUGCACCGCGGAGCGGCGAGGAAGCCACAGAAGACUCCUCGGUAUCUCAUUUCAUCCACAAAAGGAGAUGAUGUGAAAGUUGUGCUCCGACUGUAAAGCAACACAACAACAGUGUCAAUGAAUCCAAUCAGCUGAAAAGAUUAAAGUCAGAAAAAAUA